ACAACCAACCUGUAACGUACAACCCUUUCGGGUUGUAAAUAUUGGUCAAACUGUUGAAGUUGCCUGCCCCUCCAACAGUUUUCAGAAUCUGACCCUAGAUCUGUAGGGGGCGUGUCUCCUCUCGCCUGUCUGUCACACUUUUGCUACCUUCAUGACUCAUUGCGGUGUCCGUGUCUGCAGUACCAGAGAGGACUGGAAAAAUGGCGGCGGGUUCUGGAGCUGUUAGCGGCCAUGGUGGCCGCGGCGCUUUGGAGGCCACCCUGGACCGCAGAUUCCAAGGAGUAUCCAACACUAUGGAGUCUAUACAGGGACUGUCGACCUGGUGCAUUGAAAAUAAAAAGUAUCACAGCCUUAUCGUUCGGUACUGGAUGAAGUGGCUCAAGAAAUCGGACACCAACCACCGUCUGAAUCUGUUCUAUCUAGCCAAUGAUGUAAUACAGAACUGCAAGAGAAAGAACGCCAUUGUCUACCGCUCAGCCUUCGCUGAGGUGCUCCCCAACGCUGCACUAAUGGUCAAAGACCCGAAGGUGCGUAAGUCAGUGGAGCGGAUCUUCACUAUCUGGGAGGAGAGAAACGUCUAUCCUGAGGAACUCAUCACUCAGCUCAAAGCCAACCUGGCCAAGAAGGAGAGAGAGAGGGAGAAAGAGAAGGCUAAAGAGAUGCCUCCUCCGCCAGCCCCAGUCAACCCCAAAGCUGCCCUGAAGUCCAAGAUUGUGGCUGAUUUCAUACCCCAGUCGUUCAUCGAGCAGCUGGCAGGCUUCAAACGGGUGGUGGAGGAGGAGGAGCUGAGGGAGACCCAGCUGACAGCUCUCAGAGUGGACGUCUGCAGCACGGAGGCCCUCAAGAGACUCAAAGACAAGGCCGGAGGGAACAAGUUUGCCAAGGACUUCGAAGAGGGCAGUCAGAAGCUGCAGGAGUUUGUCAGUUUCCUGGAGAACCAGAUGCCUGUAGGGCCCCCUCUGCUGGAGGCUCUGGGAAACGCAGACGUCUUCUAUGAGAUGCAAUACAAGGAAGUCAAGAUCGUGGCCAGCGCCUACAAAACCUUUGCCAACCGCGUGGUCAACCUCAAACGUAAACUGGAUGCCCUCAAGUCCUCCCUUCCCGGUCCCGAGGACUCUCCCACCCCCUCCCCCUCUGAGGACGCUCCCUCACCCACCGGCUCUGACUCCCCCUUCCUGGGGCUGGGAGGAGACCAAGGGGGUAGGCUGGGCUUUGACCCGGACCUGGAUGGGAGUGCCAUGGACGAGAGGGACAUGGGGGUUGCGAGAGAGGGGGACAACAGAAAUGUGGAGGACAUGGAUCUGUCUGAGGAGGACAUGGAGACAGCCAACACAGCUGAGAAGCAGUCGUCAUCAGCCACCGCUUCCAAGGUGACCAGCUCCAAGACCGCAGCGAAACCUGCCCCUGUCACACUCAUUCGAACCUCCACCGAAUCCCCACUCAAAAAGGCAGCCUCGUCUACCCCCACGCCAGUGACCCCCAGCACCCCUACAAGCGCGGGUGUGAGUGGUCCUAGCGGCCCGACCGCUCCGCUGGGAAUGAACCUGGCCAAUGUGGACCUGGGCAAGAUCAGCUCCAUACUGAGCAGUAUCACAUCAGCCAUGAAGAACACAGCAGCCAGCCCUGUGUCUCGCCCCUCCCCUGGAACUCCCACCACCCCCUCUGGCCAAUCAUCUUCCUCCAAAACCCCAGUUGGCCCCACCCCUCCUAGCCCAGCCCUGGCCAGCAUCCUGUCCAGAGUGAACGUCACCCCUGAAGGCAUCCUCAACGCCCUGUCAAAGACCCAAACACAGAGUCUGUCCUCUCUGCUGAGGUCUGGUAGCUCCUCCUCUUCUGCCCCCUCCUCCCAUGCCUCCCCAGACUCCUCAGCAGCCAAGGGCCCCCCCACACCCACCACUCCUAGCAACACCAAACCCCCCCUGACCAACAGUCUCAAACGAGACACACCUGAGAGGAUCAGAGGAGCCAGGGAUUGGGAAAAAAACCGAGAGGCCUCCCCUCCUCCUCCUCCCUCUCUCCCUAGCCGCUCUGUCUCUCCUCCCAGCCUAGAAUCUAAGAUCAACCGUUUCCUCCAGGGGAACCCAGGGUUCAGUCUGGGCCUGGGGGAUGGGAGCCCUCUGCUGGGGGGAGACGGGGUAGAUGGGACCCCCGUCAGGGAUGAGAGCGGGGGCACCCCCACCCAGGACGAAAUCAUGGACACACCAGGGGGUGUCUCCUCCGACCCCCUUGGCCUCAACAGUGACCCCAAGAGCUUAGGCUCAUCCAUAGGUCAUGAUCUUUCACCCACGGCCUACCGCAGUGACCCUUGGGACGCCGUCAUCACCCCAACAGGAAGCAGCAGCGACGUGGACUUCCUCUCUUCCUCUUCUCGUUUCCAAGGCUACGGAGCGGGGAAGAAGGCCGCCAAGCUGAAGGAGGAAGAUCCGAAGAGGAAGAUUAGCUCUUCAUCACUGGGAAGCAGCAAGGUGAAGAAGGAUGGACAGAACAGUCACGGGAACAACAGAUCAGCUGAAGGAGAGAGGAGAGCGUCCAUAGGUUCUCGCAAGACCAGCAGCGGGUCAGAGGAUGGAGGAAUGAGUGGAACGAGGGAUGGAAAGAGGGGAGGAGAGGAUGGUGGGGGCUCAUCUGACGGGGAGGGGGGGCAGUACCACCGUAUCGAGACGCUGGUGUCGCCUUGCACAGAGGGAGCACCUUUCCAAUCACUGGGGGGCUUCUCAAACCGCCAGCCAACCGGAGAGCGCAUCCAGACGGUGGAAAGUAUCCGCGUGAUUGGACAAGGGCUGCGUCGCGGGGAUGGAGAAGGGGGGAGGCCAGGCGGAGGGAUGUGGUACGAUGAGGAAGGGUACCUGGAUACCCAGCCCCCCUCACCUUCCCCUCAGGGCGGCUCUGACGACAUGACUUCACCCCCCAUGCCUCCCCCGACCUCACACCACCACCUUCCUCCUCAUCCUCAUUCUAAUCACCCUCCCCACCCUCAUCCACACGGCCCCCACCCCAGUUUCAGAUGCCCCCUACCAUGGGGAGAACCCCCAAGGUCCCCUCCCCUCACACCUCCACCAUCACCCCCUCCUCCCUUCUUCAACUCCCCUCCUCCACCCAUCCCACGCCCUCCACCCCCUCCCAUGCCCCAGCUCCCUCCACCCCCGCGCAACUUCCUCCCCCCCUCGGCAGUCAUGGUAGGCGGGGUUCUAGUCCCCAUUGACCGCCAACUUCCCCUCCCUCCCCAGGUCCGCCCAGACGGAGGAGACCGAGGGGGGAUGGGAGGGGGACCCAGGGGGGGUAAAGGUGGUCCCACUCCCCUCAUGUCCUCUCUGUUAGGGGAGCCCCCUAAGAUGCCUCGUCCCGGCACAGUCAAAGAGCAUUUCACUCCCCGCCACGCACCCCCUCUCCACCGCCCCGGCACCCCCGGUGCCCCGCCUCCCUUAUUGGGCCGUGUCAAGGAUGGCAUCAACCUCCCUCCUCCACCCCCCUCCUCCUCCACCCCUCCCUCUCCCUCAGGCGACCCCCUGCUUCCUCGCCCCCAAGCUCCUCCGCUCCAGCACCCUCCAGCUAGUCCGCCUGCCCAGCCCCGACACCCCAACCCCAACCAUCCCCACCGUCCCUCGCCGUCCCUCCUACGCCUACCCUCCCCCAAUCCCUGCCCCCCCAUCAACUCCACCCCCAGAGACCUCUACUCCACCCUCGCGGCCCCCUGUCCACCCGCACCUAAACCGAGAGCCACCCAUGUUCCGCGGGGGCAAGCGUCCUGGCCCUCCAUUCGGCGGGGGGGCCGAGGAGGUCCCUUCUACCCCCAAGAGACCUUUCUUACCCCCACGCUAUUGAAAUGUUAA